AUGCCCGGAGAGCAGCACUCUGAUCCGAGCAAGGGUGAUCCAAAGGAGCAAACUAGGACAUCGGAAAAGAGAAACGCCUUUACAGAGCUCCUGGCUCCCAAAAGCAAGCAACACAAGCAGACUAAAACCCCGUCUGAUCGCAAUGCGGCGAAGGGCAAGACUGCGUUUGGUGUUCGCGACGGACUAGGUGCCUACAUCGUAAAGCCUGAGACAUACGCCCCCGAUGUCGUAGUUUACCACAAUGACGACUUUGUGGCGAUCCACGACAUGUUCCCAAAGUCAUCGCUACACCUCCUCCUUCUCCCCCGUGACCAGACCAAAACGCGCAUGCAUCCAUUCGAUGUGUUCGAGGACGCCGAGUUUCUAGCAAAAGUCAAGGCCGAAACUCAAACACUCCGCAAGUUGGCAGCUGGCGAGCUGCGACGCACAUAUGGGAAGGACUCUGCGCAGGAGCAGGCGAGACAGGCGGCGCUGAGUGCUGACCCGCCGCCCGACGAGCUACCACAGGGCCGGGAUUGGGAACAGGAAAUCGUGGUCGGGGUGCAUGCUGUGCCAUCCAUGAAUCAUUUGCAUGUUCAUGUGCUAUCGGUGGAUAGGUAUAGCGAGCGCUUGAAGCAUCGGAAACACUACAAUAGCUUUUCGACACCAUUCUUCGUGCCAAUCGAGGAUUUCCCGCUGGCGGAAGAUGAUGUGCGACGGAAUCCGACGAAAGAAGGAUAUCUAAAGCGAGAUUUUACUUGCUGGCGCUGUGGCAGGGGUUUUGGGAAUCGGUUUGCGGAAUUGAAGCAACACCUGGAGCAGGAGUUUAGAGAAUGGAAGAAACUGUGA